AUGUCUGGACCCUACCAAUCUCAGCUCAAACGAAAUCAGUUUGAUGCUCCACACUUUCAGUCGAGAUGCUAUCAGUCAGGAACUACUUCAGUAUCUCAAAGGAGAUACAAUACUGAUCAGAGAAGACCUCCAAUUUAUACAAGACCUAACUACAAGAAGAAGGAGGUUCCAAAGAAGAAAGUUGAUCAACCAAGAAGAGCUCAUGUGCUGACUGAAGAAGCCUCAACUUCAGGCAAAUCUAUGAAACACAAAAAGAAGGAAGAAGUAAAAGCUCCAAGAAAUACUUGGAAACAGGAAACUGAAGAGAAUGCUAAGAACAAUGGAGUUUCCAGUACUGAAAAGAAAAGCACCGAAAAAAGGAGGUGUUCAACUGAAGUCAUUACAGAAAGCAUCAGUCAAGGGGGAACUCCACCCACUAAAGAACACAAAGAAGCUGAAACAGGAGUACACGUGGAGCCAAACUCGCCUUUAGUUCCGCAGUCCCCUGCUCGAGGAGAAACUGAAGCCACUAUCAAACUUCAGUCAACAACUGAUGGACCACGACCUAUCCUCACUGAAGAACCUCCACCAUCACCAAAAGGAAUCAAGAAGUAUAGAAAAUGUUGCUUCUUAUCGCAAACUAAACUCAAGGAUGUUGAAGAAGCCUUGAAAUACAUUCAAUGGAACAAGAAAGACGAGAAAGGAAAUAGAGUCAGGAAUAAGGCGAGACUUGUAGCGAAGAGGUACAGCCCAGAAGAAGGAAUUGAUUAUGAUGAAACCUUCGCCCUUGUUGCCAGACUGGAAGCAGUCAGACUAUUCCUAGCCUACGCAGCAUAUAAAAGAUUCAAAGUAGACCAGAUGGAUGUAAAGUGUGCAUUCCUCGAUGGAGUGCUCACUGAUGAAGUUUACGUGGAACAACCUCCAGGAUUUGAGGUUGCUGGACCAGACAAAGUGUACAAACUGAAGAAGCGCUCUAUGGAUUGA